UUGCGUGUGGGGCGCCGGUUGACAUUGGUUGACAUCGUGGAGCGGUCGACGCGUGCUAUCGAGCCCGAGUGACAGGUGGUGCUCCCAUCCCAUACACAUUAGUCGCUCGCGCGAGGAUCGCGACAAGGAGGACGUCGUCGCGUCUGUAAAGUGUGGUGUAACGUCUUUCUGCGGAAAGGAACGCGCGUAUCACGAGUGAGGAAGAGGUGAGAAACACGAGGAGCGCCCUGAACACAGCCGCAAGUCGUUACUCCGACUCGUAUACGACUCCCGCGAAUACUAGUCCAAAUCGCCGUGACAUGCACGCACAAUCGGUGCGUAGCUGCUCCUAGGUGCUCCCUUGUGUCAGGUCCUACGAUGUAUACCACAUAUCCGUGCGACGACUUACCCGGGAGAUUCAGCUGCAGAAGAGCUUAUUCGAGAUUACUCUCCGGCAGGCCAGACAUAAAACCGCAGGGAUUUUCGUUUCUUAUUCGGUGCUGGGACAAGGUUGGCGGAUCUAUAUGGGGCAAUGCGUGUCUCGUAAGGCGGGCGCCGUCGUCGCAGCAUCCGGUCAUCACAAUUCGCCUUCGUACCGUAUCAUGGACAAGGCCCAGAAACAGGGCGACCUACGGGGCUCUUCGAAGCGCGGCACAUCACACACACGCGGCACCGCAAUGUCUUUCGGCUUCCGGCGAAGGCCCACUAGCGGGAUUCCGAUGCCGAUAACGAACUACUCCACCAGCACCGUCACCGAGAAGAGCCUGCUGCAUCCACGAUCGAAGUCAGCCGGCCCGGAACAGAAUCGUAGACGGGCGAUGGACGACGACAACAGCAAUGCGAUCCAUAACUCGUCGUCUGGUCGGUCGACGCCGCGAUUGGCGCCACCGAAGAAGGACUCGAACGGAACCGGUGUCAGAACCAACCGUUUCGGGUAUCGGCAGCCUCAGAGGUUCACGAACAAGGUCGGUGAUAUUUGUAGCAGCCACAAUAUCAGUCAUUACAAUCAGGAGAAGCUGCAGCAACAUCAGCAGCAGCAACAGUAUUAUCAACAACAGCAGCCGGAGAAUUAUUUUGUCAAACAACAACAGCCGAAUAGGGUUGCGCAAGUGCAGCAACAUUUGUGCAAUACAACGGCGCCGUCGAAGCCUCGAUCGUCGCCAUCGAAUAACGUGGCUUACGGCAGCAGCAAUAAUACGAUGAUGCAGUACGCGGACGCCAACAAACGAGUCUCAGGCAUUCCUGAACCCAUUAGUAGGUAUACUCUGCAUACCAGUCACUUGCCGCUUCCGCAGUUCGCCGUGCGAGUAAGCGAUUCCAAUUCCAAGAUCGCUAAGACAGCAGCGAAUCAAAGCAGAAAGAUAUCCACGUCGAAGGGUUCGUCCAGUUCAAAGGAGGGCUCGGUGACCGAAGAUUCGGGUGUCAGCAGCCAGCCGGCUGGCCCAGAAGACGACAGAAUUAGGUCGAUGGAUUAUAUGGAUGAAGGUUCUCUGAGGAGACGCGGCAUCGGCAGACCGAGAAAUUUGCGUAUGGUGGUAAACGGCAAGAGCUUCGACGUGAGAGACGUUCGAGACGACGAUAGCACGGUCACAGAGAUUUCCGUGAUCCCGUUGCCCAAGUCGUUCGCGACCGCCGCGGCCAAUUUAAAUACCGGCUUUGUACGAGAGCGGGCUACGCAGUACCAACGGAUCGUAAACAAGGACAACAGAUACACUGAUUCGACCGCGUCGAUGUCCACCACAUCUUCAGAAGGAUACGAGGAAGGUUGCCUUAGCGAGGAAAAGGUUUUCAAGGACCGUUCGCGUACAGAGAAAAUCCCAUCCAUAAAAUCAGACUUUAGUCCGCCGAGUUCGGACGAUCCCGAGUACGGUCAUGGUGAGGCCAUGGCAGACGAGUAUUCAUUGAGCUCCAGCGACGAAUGCCAGCGUUCGAACUCCAUCAUCGUUCAGCACGCGCAGACGAUCACCGCCGCUACGAAGAGCAGUACGGCCUCGAAGAAUGCUCUGCGUUCGGUACUGCUCACUAUUGAAGAUCCGGCGUUUGCUGCUGCCGCCGCUACCACAACUACUUUGAUAGACGAUGAGACCUCGCCGGUCGACAGUCUAUUCGAUAGUCCCACCGCCAGUAUCACUCAGUCGGAUGGAAAGCCCUCGAAGAGAGACGAGGAACACGCGCUGGAACGUUCGGACAACACUCUCGAGGAUGAUAGUCCCGGCACGCCGACGAACGCCUCCAACUCGCUCAGCCUGUCCGAGGGUAGAGAGUUCUUCGACGAUGAGAUUGCAGAUCAGCCGGGAUUGAUCUUCGAUGACAGCAACUCGAGGGCUAGAAUCGAAACGCAGUCCGCCAUGGGGAAUCAAGUAAUCACCGAGAAUAGCCACACUUUAAUCGAGACGAGCUCUAAGACAGGUGGUGCGCACGUCAAAGGCAUGAUAAACAGUCCCCAUCACGGACAGCGUUUGCAUCGAACGGGAAGCGUAGAUACUUUGUCUCCUUGCGAAUCCAUCGCCUCGGAUGAUUUAAUGUUGGAUUAUGAUGGCAGUGAUGCGAGCUCUUACGAAGAACAACAGCGAUUAAAUUCCAAUACUGCGUUGCACGAUCUGGAUGAUGCCACUAUAAUUUCCGAAUUGGAAGCUCAGGGCGAGGAAGUGAUGAGGCAAUGGAGCUCGUUGUUAAACACCGCUCAUAUGCAAGAUGAAGCGAAUUCCAAUUCCGCCAACAACAAUUCUGUCACCAACACAGCGGGCAACAAUAACAAUCAGACCGCCAUCGAAUCUGGGAUCGGAAGUGACAGGAUGUCAAGGCUGUUGCGCAGCAGAUCCGGAACAGAAUCGCCGCGUUCAUUAGACAACAUGCGCAACCGUCAGAUUUCUAGUCCUAUGAGAACGUCGGGAAGUGUUUCAUCAUCGUGCGUCGAUUCCGGGGACGAGUCGAGCCUCAGGAUAGAUCGCGGAACGUACCAGUACAUGUUCCAGGACAUUGUCUCCAUAAAGACGAUGCUUCUGAAACUCAAGCGAGUCCUUCAGGAGUCAGGGGAGAACGAUUUGACGAGGGCAGAAACUCUCAACCCAUUCGAUAAUCCGAAGAAUGGCCUCUUCUGUAACCUGAACGAGGGUAGUACUACUGAUGUAAGCACGUCACCUGGAAGCGGUGGCAACAGCAUCGCGGACGAGUUGACGGACUUGAGGAGGCAAGUAGUGUUUCUUCAAGGCCAAGUGGAGGACCGAGAUCGUACUAUACAACUGCGGGAUCGUACCAUCGAGCUACUUGAGGUAAAUAACGAGCUCCAGAUAUCGAAGCUUCAAGGACCUAAGAACGGUGAUGCUCAAAAUUGCAUUUUACCGACGCGUAAUAACGACAUUUCCUGCGUGGACACGUGUAACGCCGCUACGCAAACCGAGAAGACACGUCCAGUAUCGGCGGGACCCUCGCUCCUACAAUCACUCCCACAGGAUGGUGUUAUGGGGCCUCUCGUUAGUUGGAGUGACUCGUCGGAUCGUCAACGAUUCUCGAUGCUCUCCGAGCUUAAUUCUGCCGGAAGCCAUCGCAAGCCAACCGAACGUUUACCUCAUACGUUAAGACUCCGUCAGGAACAGACCCCGAUACGUCGUGUCAACGCGCACGCGAGGAGACAUUCGUCAGAGACACUCGUGUCCGGCUCGUUCACCAAGUCGAAGGACACCGCGAAGUCGCCGUGCGAUUCGAACGACGCGGAACAACGCGAUGUCAAGGUAGAAGGAAACACAAUCAAAUCCCUUAUUCCGACGCCUAGGAAGCUUCGACUUUAACGAUAGGAGGGACGCGGCGAUACUCGAUUAUGUUAUCUUGUCUAUGUAUAGCAACUUUCUUUCGUUUCAGACGUCCGAAUCCCUCUCGAAGAACAGAAAAUGCAAGAUAGAAUUAAUUGUGAAUGCAUUCGAUUUAUAAAUUUCUAUCAUUUUUCCCCCGAUAAAUCUUAUCUUAAAUUGACAAUAAUAAGCCAAUAUUUUACACAUUACUUUUUUACACAAUUAAUAUAUAUCUAUUAAAUAAAUUAUUUAUUGAAUAUGAUCUAUAAGUAACGCGAAUUAGUUUACUAUUCAUUGCGUCAAACGUUUCGAUCGCGAUUCGGACGUCCAAAAGCGAUCCACCAAACGAUCUCUCGUUCCACCUAUUCUUGUUCGUAAUUAAUUUUAUCGCGCAUUACAAAGUUCACGUUCCUCGUAACGUCAUCGUUACGCGCUCGUUUAAUAUAAUUUACCGUCGUACUUAUAUGACGUACUUGCGUAGAGAGUAUCGAGCGCGAAAGAAGUCAUCUAUUCCCGAUCGAAUAUUUCGAGCAACAUAUAAUUUGUCGCGCGCACAUACGAGUGCACACAUUUAUUAAUAUUAAAGAAUUAAUUUCACCUAAAUUCGAAUGUAAAAUUAAAAAUCUAUUGCAAAAAAUUGCUAUAUCUAUUCAACGAUCGGUUGAAAUUGAUAAAGACAAAUAAUAAAUGGGAAAAAUAAUAAAUAAUACAUGUAUGUAGAAUUUUUCUUCGAAAAUGCACGAUUUCAUCUCGGCAGUCGGAAAUAUAAAAACUCUUUACGUCUUUUAGUUCGAAU